CGGCGCGGCGCGAGCGGCGGCUGUGCGCGGCUCCGUUCCUGGCGUCUCCGCCGCUUCGGGCCGCCGCCGCUGCUGCUGCUGUCGCCGCCGCCGCCCCGGCAUGAGGAAGCGUAACGAAUCGGUGACGGUGGAGCAUGAGCGCGCCGACGCCGCCGCGCCCGCGCCCCUCGACAAGGGCUGCAGCCUGAGGCACAGCCUGCGCCUGCCCACCGCCGCCGCCCCCGCUGCCGCCGACACGGGCAUGAAGCGACCGCUGGGCAGGCGAUAUGGAUUAUGGUUUCGAUUGCGGAAGUUAAUAAUCUGGUUGCUGGGAGUGUACAUAGCCAUUCCAUUUCUUGUAAAGCUUUGCCCUGCUAUUCAGGCAAAGCUGGUCUUCCUAAACUUCGUGAGGGUCCCAUAUUUCAUUGACUUGAAAAGACCACAGGAUCAAGGCUUAAACCACACCUGUAAUUAUUAUCUGCAGCCAGAGGAGGAUGUAACCAUUGGAGUCUGGCACACAGUCCCUGCAGCCUUAUGGAAGAAUGCUCGAGGAAAGGACCAGUUGUGGUUUGAAGAUGCCUUGGGUUCCAGCCAUCCUGUAAUCCUUUACUUGCAUGGCAAUGCAGGAACAAGAGGAGGGGAUCACCGUGUGGAGCUGUACAAGGUUCUCAGUUCCCUUGGGUACCACGUGGUGACGUUUGAUUAUCGAGGCUGGGGCGAUUCGGUAGGCAGCCCAUCAGAGAGGGGAAUGACCUAUGACGCCCUUCAUGUCUUCGACUGGAUAAAAGCAAGGAGUGGAGACAACCCUGUCUAUAUAUGGGGACACUCCUUGGGCACAGGGGUGGCAACAAAUCUGGUGAGGCGCCUCUGUGAGAGAGAAACACCCCCGGAUGCCCUGAUACUGGAAUCUCCCUUCACCAACAUACGGGAGGAGGCGCGGAGUCACCCCUUCUCUGUGAUAUACAGAUACUUCCCUGGAUUUGACUGGUUCUUCCUUGAUCCCAUCACAACAAGUGGAAUUAAAUUUGCAAACGAUGAGAAUGUGAAAUACAUUUCCUGCUCCCUCCUCAUCCUUCAUGCUGAGGAUGACCCGGUGGUACCAUUUCAUCUGGGAAAGAAGCUUUACAACAUCGCUGCCACCUCCCGGAGCUUCCGAGACUACAAAGUGCAGUUUGUCCCAUUCCACACAGACCUUGGCUACCGGCACAAAUACAUCUACAGGAGUCCAGAGCUACCUCGAAUACUGCGGGAAUUCCUGGGAAAAUCUGAACAUGAGCAUCAUCACUGAAGACUGGCUGCUUAGCAGCACAGAUUUUCCUUCCUUUCCUUCCCCUCUCUCCUUUUCCUCCCCUGUUCCUGUGGGUCAGUCUGCCAUCCUUCCAUCCCUGGCACUAGAGGAGGUCAGGGCUACCCCAUUCCGGUCCCGACGCAUACCCUUGGCAACUCCAGCUCCUGGCAUCAGCAUCUGUGAUGGCAGAAGAAAGAAGUUGUUGGCUUCUUUUUUUUGUUGGCGUGGACGGAGGGGGUGAGAACAGCCCAGGAAACUGAAAACUGUGAGCACAACCAAGCCUGGCCAGGCCAGCCUGGUACCGCUGAGGACAGACAUUCCUAGGACACGUGUGUCCUGACCAAGGGUGUUUCUCUCACUUUUAAACAUUGCUGCUGGUUUUGGAUCACGUAGAGACUCAUUUGUAGGCGGGUGGCUUUUGCCAGGUCUCCAUACCACACUUGUCUUGCUUGAGUUUGAGGUGUUCUCUUUCUAGGAAAUACGUGUUUUGCCUUUCCUUUUCACUAAGUGGCCCUAAGGACAAAUCCAUGGAGGAUGCAGGUGGUAUGAGAGGGUUUUAUUUAGCUCUCCAUUUGCAACGUGUAGCAAGCCUUGGGCUGAUUGCACACAUUUGGAAAUAAAAUGAAAGAUAUUGUUCUUCCUUUUCAAAACAUCUCUUUAAUGGAAAAGGUUAGUGCCCUUUUAUCACUUCUGCUCCCAUCCCUGCUGCCCUCUGUGGAGCUUCUGCUCUUCUUCAUGUGAAUCUCCUAUUAGGACUGAAGUGACUUACAUGGAUAAAUUGCAGGAGUUUAAACCAGAAAGCGUGAGAGUUACCUUUUUUUUUGGGCUUGAUCUCCCCUUUCCAUGACCAAGGUGGGCCCAGGCUUUGGGAGUGGAUGUGUUCCCUUCUCCUGGUGCCCCCAGACAGACCUCUGCUCCCUUUGAGGGAGAAGGGCAGGUUUUUCCUCAACCACUUUUUAACUCCUUGGGUUGGGUUUUCCUGUUCCCAGUGGCUACACGGUUGCCCUGUAGUUCAAAGCAGGCAAUGGCAUGCAGUUCUGGAUACAAAAAUAAGUCUGGGGUGUCCCUCCCCAUCUCUCCUUGCACCUUCCUUCUAUGCUCUGGGCAUCUCGGGCACUUCCAGUAGCACCUCUCAGCCCAUCUCAGCCAUGGUCGGAGCAUAUUGUCCAGGAAGCAGGAGAGGAACUGAGCCUAUCCCAUAGGCAGAGGUUCUGGGGGUGCCCUUGCCCUGCCCUGGGCUCAAACAGGAGCUGCUUUAUGCCACCUGUGAGCUCUGCAUUGGGCCAAGAGGGUCAGGUGCUGGCUCUGGGAUCUGUCUGGGGCUCUGCCCCCUGCUAGUCUCUUUAGCCAAUAGCAGGUGCUGUAGGUUUAGGCACUAGUGCUCAGAAUGACUUGUGCUGCUAAAGGGUCUGCUCAGGGGUGUACAGCGUAGUGCAAACUGCUCAGCAUGCAUCCAAAUUAUAGCUGCAGGCUCAUACUAGUUGCAAAGCAGACAGUAGCUUGUUCUUGUACUGAGAUUCUUCUGCCACAGCGUGGUUGUCCCUGAGGUUUCUGACCCAUGAUACUCAUAAGCUAACUGUGCCACUGAAAUUCUGUUUGACACACUUGUAUUUAUUGCACUGACAGAAGAGGAACAGUUAACGUGGCUCUGGAGGGUGAGGGGGCACGUUCCAGGCAGCACUGCUGCUGCUGAGGCCAGAGCUGAGGGCCUGGCACGUGAGCUGCUGCUGCGGGUGGGCCCAACACCGCCCUUCCCAGCAGCAGGCCAGUGCCAUGCUGGGAGAGUUACUGAAAUGUUUAUCUCAAAGUGGUGUAGUUUUAAUAAAGGCAUUGACUGCUGA